CGCUCCGGGAUCCUCUGGCGCAGAGAAAAAGCGUAGCUUGGCCGCCAGCAGUUAGCACCGUGCCGGGGGCUGGGAGGGCGGCAGAUGAUGUGAUGUGAUCUGAUACGGGCGGCCGGCUGCAGCUACGGGCGGACUGGCACAUAAAAGCAGCUCCUUGACUUCGACCCUGCUCACUACCGUGUGUGUCGUCGUUGUGGAAAGGGAGGCGCAGAAGCCGAAGAGAAGCGCUUCAUCGCUGAGGUGCAUUUCCAGCCAGCCAUGAUGUCAGUACAAACUCCUCCUCUAUCUCGAUCUGGCUCCACCCCUUCCACAGGGGGUCUGGCCAAUCGCAGUGGCCCCUCUGCCACUCCUCCCACCUCCCUCAGCCUUCGCUCUUCAUACAACCAGCUGCUCGGCCGGGAUGUCAUCAAGGAGUCAAUGGAAACUGGAAGUUCGGCCACCUUACCAAAGAGCCGUCAGAGGUACGCCAUGACCAGUGUGCGGAGCGUCAUGGGGAUAAGUGACAACUUGGCUCUGUCCUCUAAAAACCAGCCCGUAACCAGAGGUAGGGGCCUCCCAACCAAGUCCUCUUCUAGUUCUGCCCUCUACUCCUCUUCCUCCUCCUCUUCACUGUUUAAUACAACCAACCCUAAACUGGCCAAGAAUGGGGCCAACAUGCAGAGACGAGCCGAGAGCCAGCAGCUGGAGCUGAGCAGGGCGAACACAUUGGAUAAAAUUCACAACGACCUCAUUAAUAAUCCAAGCUCAGACUGGGUGGUGUUCGGGAAAGACAACUCACAGUUGCCUCCGUUUCGUAGACGGACCAAGAGUUUCUUGGAGUAUCAUGGUAAGGGCUGGAAUCUGGACUCCAGCUGGGAAAACAAAGAGGAAAAGGAAGAGAAGAAGCAGCAGCCGUCCUCGGAGAAAGAGCAGGUCAGUCCUGCCAAAGAGAGGGACAGCCAGAAGGAGGAGAAGCACAGCAGCAUGCAGACCUGCCAGGAAGAGAAGGAAGAUGUGAAGCCCAUGGUGGAGGAAGAUGAAGAGGAGGAUGAGCCCACUCCAACACCAAGACAACCCCUGCUCCCAGUUGUGGUUGAAGCCCCCCUUUCAUCCACUUCCUCAUCUUCUACCAACAGCCCAGAGUGGGUACAAGACAACCAGAGCCACCUCCAUAACCAAACUCCAGCAAAGGUCAGAGAGGAGCUCUGUGCCCAGGUUCAGGCUACCCCACGUAGUCCUGCAAAGCCUCCUCGAAGCUCCCAGCCCCGGGUGAUCAAAGUGGAGCUGCACCCCAACAACGAGAACCAGUUUUUGCAACAGUACCCUCCAUCUUCCCCUAAACUGAUCAGAGCUGCAGAGAGAAACACCCCUAGCAGGAACCGUGCGCCCCCUUCCCUGCCAGAUCCUGAAUCAGGAACUGGAAUUCCUAAAGUGGGCUUAAGAAUGGAUCUGACUCCUGACACUCCAUCAGAGGAUGAAGACUCAAGUUGGACCACACUGUCCCAGGAGACACCCUCUCCACAGACUCCACUGGAAACAGCAGAUCUAUGGGUUGAAGGGGACCUGCCCCCAGGCUGGCGGGAGAUCUCAGACUCAUCAAAAGUGUAUUUCUGGCAUGUUCCCACCGGCACCACACAGUAUGACCGACCUGUUGCCUCCAACAAACAAAACACCUCUUCCAGCAAUGAGCCAGGCACUGAACAUGACCCUCACAAGGAUGCACAGGAGUCCCUCAAGCUACCGAAUGAGCGCCCCAGUAGUCUGAUAUCCGACAGCUCGGUGGAGCCAGUCCCCUCCCCCUCUGGCUCCUCCCCCUCUUCAGCCUCAUCUACACCCUCCAAAGUCGCAUCUUCUCCUGGGCUGAUCCUCAACUCCACCACCUGCAUAGCCAGCGAGCUGAAGGACUAUCCAGUCUAUCCAGAUCCCAGUCUUAAAGCAUUUGAAGGAGCCACCCUUCGCUAUGCCUCUCUUAAGCUCAACCCUUCAGCCCAGCUAGAGACAGUGGACCUGAACAGCACAUUCUCUGAUCCAGAGGCAAUGUCAUUUCCAGUACGAUCUCUGGGCUGGGUGGAGAUGGCGGAGCAGGACCUGUGUGAGGGAAGAAGCAGUGUGGCCGUCCACCACUGUAUCAGACAGCUUUCUUACUGCAGGAGGGAUAUACGGGACUCAGCUGGCGUCUGGGGAGAGGGUAAAGGGAUGCUUUUAGUGCUUCAGGAUCGCAUGUUAACUCUGGUUGACCCGGACGAUCGCAGCUUGCUCCACUCUCAGCCAAUCAGCAGCAUCCGUGUCUGGGGUGUUGGACGAGAUCAUGACAGAGAAAGGGAUUUUGCCUAUGUGGCCAGAGACAAAAACACGCGGGUGUUGAAGUGCCACGUGUUCCGAUGUGAUACCCCUGCUGCAGCCAUCGCUACGAGUCUCCACGAAAUCUGUUCCAAGAUUAUGGCUGAAAGAAAAAGUGCCAAGGCUGCAGCUGGCAGCUCCUCCCAGAAUGGCUCUGAUGUACCCCUACAAGAGUUUCCCAUGCCAAAGACUGAAUUGGUGCAGAAGUUUCAUGUGCUGUAUCUGGGAAUGACAUCUGUAUCUCGCCCUAUAGACUCCCCUCUUCCCUCUCCAGGUAUGGACAUUAUAAAUGGGGCCAUAGAAAACCUCCUGUCGUCCACAGGCAAAGAAGACUGGACUCCUGUCAUACUGAGUAUUGCUGACACCACAGUAGCAGUCAUCAAAGAAAAGGAAGAGGAAGAGGAGGUGUUGGUGGAGUGCCGUGUUCGUUUUUUGUCCUUCAUGGGAGUGGGACGGGAUGUGCAUACAUUUGCCUUCAUUAUGGACACUGGGAACCAGCAUUUCCAGUGUCACGUGUUCUGGUGUGACCCCAAUGCAGGCAGCGUCUCUGAAGCUGUGCAGGCAGCUUGUGUGCUCCGGUACCAGAAGUGUCUGGUAGCACGGCCACCCGCCCAGCGUGCUGGCUCUUCUUCCUCUCCCUCUGCAGACUCAGUGACCAGGCGGGUGACCACCAGCGUGAAACGCAGUGUCCAGUCUCUUAUAGACACUCUGAAAACCAAGAAACAGUCAUCAGAACUGCCCCAGCAAUGACCAUCACCACUAAUCACUGCACCCUGCUCCAGCCUGGAGGCCACUCACACAACAGCCACAACAACACUUAAUGAGUACCAGUCAUGGUAACUAAUAAUGUACAUACAGUAUAACAAACACCACUGCAAACAAAGGAAAGAAGAGCAAUCCUUAGGUAUGCUUGAUGAAAAAUAACCUCACCUGUUUUGUGUGAAGGAAUGGAAAACCUGGUGUCACUGGUAGAACUUUGACCUUUGAACGCUGUUUUGUCGAGGUGAAACCCACCUCCCGUUUGUGGAUUUCAACGCUAGAUGGAUUACUUGAUCACACACUACAGGCAAGAUUGUCCAGAAGAAAAAAAAUAUCAUAUUUCUAUUCACAGACUAGUUAUGGAGCAGCUCAUGGUUUACUCAUUUUCUUCACAUCUCUGUCUCCUUCUGAACUCAUGGACUGGAUUAGCUAUAGUAGCCUUCCAGAAAAAAAAAAGAAAAGAAAAAAAACACUG